AUGGUCAACGGCUACGCGUAUUUCAAGACCGGCAGUGUCCGCGCCGGUGGUUCAAGGUACACCUGCCCCGGCGUGCACAAAGGCUGCAAGGCGCAUCUGCACAUAGACAAGGACGAUAUCAUCACUCUCGCCUCCACCCAACACAAUCACCUACCGAGAAAUUACGUCCGUACAAAUGUCCUCGCCGGUGGUUCAAGGUACACCUGCCCCAGCGUUCACAAAGGCUGCAAGGCCAAUUUGCACAUAGACAAGGACGAUAUCAUCACUCUUGCCUCCACCCAACACAAUCACCCGCCGAGAAAUUACCUCCAGAUUAUAAAUGAAACCAAAUACAUCACGACCACGAAAGGCACCAGACUCCUAAUGCUCGGCGAGUACACGUACUGUAGAGGUGGGGUUAGGUGCGGGGGUGGCACGCGCUACCGCUGCCCCAACGUGAAUAAGGGUUGCAAGGCGCGGGUGCACGUGGACGAGGCGGGCUUAAUUGUCCUGGCCGUCGCCCAGCACAAUCAUCCCCCGCAUAAGUACAUGAAGAUCAGGAACGGGCUUUACAUGAAGUUU